GGAGUGGUGGAGCGGGGGUGGAGUGGAGCGAUCAGAUCCGAGUACAGUGAAUACGAAACGAAAACAGUGGUCUGGUCUGGCAACUAAUUUGGAGCAUUUACCUUUUUUGUCGAGUGCCAAGUGAACAUUCUGUAAUCUACAUUUCUUGCUCCCAUCAUCUGACGAUGGAUCUGGGCCUUGGCCUGGCUGAAACCAUGAAAAACAUUGUGGCCAAAGGCAUUCAGACUGAAAUGGCUUCCUCGUACGCUCCCGGUUCAGGUUAUGUUACCGAAAAAUUAUAUAUGCUUCUGCAAUUGUAUUUACAAAAUAAAGGAUGGAAUCCUUCGGUAGAAUUAUUGCAGUGUUUUACGGAACUGAAAGAAGCAUCAUUAUUGCCAAGUGCAAACUAUUUACAGAUGAUGGCUAGUAGAGUGACUUUGGACAACCAAGGCAGAUUGGUUCUCAGAGAAAAUGGCAAAAUAAUCCUACCUUUUGAGCACUUUGCCAACGCUGUCAUGCUGAAGCACAUGAAUGGACCCCAUGGUCUUCAUCUGGGAAUAGAGGGCACCGUUCGAGCUGUGAUGGACUCUUACACAAUUGGUCGAGAAAACUUUGGGAUGGAAAAAGAGUUCAUAAUUGAGGUGGUGCAGAACUGCCCGAAUCCAGCAUGUCGCUAUUACAAAACGCAGCUCGAGUUGUCGCACAACAAGCCUACCUACAUUCAAGAUCAGCCUGUGGGCGUGUCAGACAGCGGCAGUUCUAGCGACAUCUCCGAGGUGGGACUGAGCAAGCUGUCGGCCUCGGGCUCGCGGCAGCAACAACAGCAGCAACAACAACAGGUGGCGCAACAACACCGCCAGUCGCCGCAGCAGCAGCAACAACAGCAACAACAACAGCAGCAGUCUGCCGCUGCGCAACAACGCAAGGUCGCCGACAUGUUCAAGGCCAACCUCGAGUCACUCGACAACCUCAGCGAUGCCAACAAGGAUCUUCUGGCUGCUCACAAUGGAUCUUGGACCAGUCAUCAUGACAGUCAUGACUCUAAAAGACAUCAGUCAUCAUCAACUGAAGGUAAAGGACAUCUACAAAAUCAAGUUGGACAAGAGAAAAUAGUGAGAGCGUUUGCUGAAAUAAUGAAAAAUAUGUCUCGAAUGAAGUCAUGUGUGAGACCUUCCAUGUGCAAGCCUUAUGGAAAGCAAUCUGAAUCUUUACAAAAAAGUAACUCUUUUGGAUACAAUUCAAUUGGUGCAAUCUCUUCGCUCAUUUUUGCCUCCACCUCAUAUAGCAGUCAGCAGUUGGAAGAAUGAAGACAAGCAUAGAAAAAGUCUUGGUCUAGAGGACCUGUGCGACAGCAUAGUGCAGGUGCCGCAAACGGGCCUCGACCCCAAUAAACGGAGUCUGUCAGUUGCGCAUGCGCAAGCCGCCGGGCUCGAUGCGAAACGUGUUUCGAUGCCGCAGAGCACAAUUGACCCGAAACGCGCAAUGGCGGCUCAGAACGCCAUGAUGGAUGCGAAGCGGGUCUCCAUGUCUCAGACCGCUUUGCCCGACCCCAAGAGGGUCAUGUAGAUUAGCACUUCCUCCCUCCACCCACCCAACGCUCUACAUUUUAACUUCAUAUUUUAUUUAGCCUUUGGAUUGGCAAAUAGCUACGAACUCUGUAUUAUCAUCAUCAUCCAGAAUUAGAUAGUAUCUAAAUUUUUUAGAAUGUACUUGAUAUUUUUCUCCAGUAUUGUAGGUUGUAGGGUUUAAAAUACUUAUGUAAAAUAGGCAAAUAGUUCCUUUUUCCAUGCUAAUUCAAUAACUAAUUAAUUAGUAUUGGUUGUCUUCUCUAUAUUAUGUAGGUGUACCUUCAUACUUAAUAGUUUCUCUUUUCAACAACCAUGAUACUUCUCCUUUCUAUUUUGUAUUCUAUUUAUAGAUUUUCGUUUGUUCCCCUUUUAUUUGAAGUAAAAGGUUACAAGUAAUUUAAUUUGUUCAAUAUGCUGAACAUGAUAUUUCAUCGAUUUAGGGCCUUCUCAAGACUUCUCAAUACCCUAACAAUAUAUCUAGUAAGACAUCAUUGCUAAGUUUUUCUAUAUGCAGCUCAGUAUUAUAGGUUCCCAUGUCUAGGGUACUUUUUAUCCUUAACUGCUGUAUUGUAUGUUUUCAAUAAUCAACACUUUAUAUAUAUGUAUUCCAUGUAUAACCCAAAUAGGUGUCCAGCUUCAGUAGUAUAAUAUGUAUAUUAGGUUAUUUUUGCUAUUUCAUGCAUUUUACUCCAUCUCGUUUUGAAUUUAUUUAGUUUAUCUGUCUGAUGUUUCAACACUUUUUCUGUUCAUGUGUCAUGGUCUUAUCUAUUUCAUUACGUUAUGUUUGGUGUUCUUGUUUAUGUUUUUGUAUUCCAAAGAAGCUGAAUCCAAUUGAUUAUCUAAAAAAUUAUAUUAUUAUUAAACGAAAAUCCUAAUUAAAAGCUGUUAACCCUGUUGUACUUGCAGUAGCAGAAGUCUUCUAGGUGAUUUACAGCAUUUAAUUAGAAUUUUCAUUUAAAAAUAAUUAUUCAUUAAUUAUCAUUUGAACAAAUGCCAUUUCUAAUCAAUUUCCAUAUAUUAAGUAAAAAUUAUAUUGCUUAUUGAUAUUGAAUAAAUUGAAACAAUAAUAUUAGGAGUAAAAUUUAAAUACUUUGGAAGUUUCACUUUUUUAUUUGCCAUCUUCCAUUGAUUUUUUGACAUUGAAAAAUGUAUUAAUAGAUGAAUUAUUACUAAACAAUUAACUUUUUCGAAUAAUUAAUUUUCACUUGAAAUAAAUAAUGAUAAUACUAUUACUUAAUUCGUAACGGGCAGAACCCAUGUCUACAGAAUGUCGAAUGAUUCAAAUAAUGCCAUUAUCUGUAAUUUUACUCAUCAUCAAUAUCAUUCGACAUCGUUCAUUUUUACGUUGAUUAAUAAGCUCUAACAUUGAAGAUUUAAACAUAUUGAAACUGUUAUCAUAUAACUUCCAUCAAGUUCUGGCUUGAGAUCUGAUCCUGGAAAGUAUUUUAUUACAGAACGAAUACAUGUUUCUCUAUCAAUUAAGAAAUAGUUUCAAUAACAUUGACAGAUAGAAUAAUAAGUUUAUAUAAUUUUGAUGUUUACAUUUUCUAUCGAGAAUUCAACAAUUUUUAAUAAAAUACAAUAGCUAUACUUGAACCAAUCUGAAUUAAUCAAAUAAAAAAUAAUCAAUCCAAAUAAUAAUUUAAUCGUUUAAAGUAAAAUCUUCCAUUUUAGUCUUCAUCAAAUGUAAUUUUUGGAUUCAGCUUCUUGUCUCGCUUAACCGAUUUUGUUACUAUUUGAGCUUGAAAUAUUCUCCUUGACUUUAUAGAAAAUACAAGAAGAGUAGUAGUGCAAAUGCCCAAAGUGCGGCAAGUGUGGAUGUUGACAAAAUGGAGGACUGCCUAGUGACUAGUUGAGACUUGGAUGAUGGGUCUGCCACGUCUGAGACUUGUGCAACUGCUGCGUCCAAGACGUCAGCGAUCUCUAGGUUGCAUUCAGGAUCCUUGCCCACGUCUCAUCACAUUCACCAACUUAUAAAAUGAUGUCGAUCAAUAAUUAGUUCAGUCUUUACUCAAAAAUAGAGGUAAGAUUUCACACUGUUUUCAAUGUAAAGGGAUGUGAAUAAAUGAGUUUCUAUUGUUUGAUGUCAUGGGGAAAGUGGAUUUUGCAAAAAUGCUACAUACAUUAAUAUAAAUACGUAUAAUAUUAUGAUAUAAUAACAAAAAAUUGAAUACCGUACGUUUCAUCGUAUUGAACGCGUAUUUACGUGAUACGUUGGAAUGAUAUCUGCUCGAAUGUAAUUGGUAUGCAAAAAUUUGUAUGAAAGUUUAUCAGUGUACGUGUAUCAAAAUUAGGGAUUUACUAUUUCUGAUUUUUGCUCUAUACUCGUGUAUUGUCCCAGUUAACUUUCAGUUGUUAGCUAUGAGAUUUUCUUCAUGAAGAUUGCAUUAAUAGUAUGCCCAUUUUUAAAAACAAAUAUGAACUAGAAGGAAAGCUGACAUUUUAAAAGUACACUGAGAGUAAAGUAUAAUGAAGGAUAAAAUAGCAUUUGAUUCAGGUUUAAAAAAAAACUGAAUGGAAUUUAAAUAUAUGAAUAAUCUCCUAUCACUUGAAUUUAUAAAGUAGUGUUUUCUUGAUAAAAAAAUCUGUUAAACACUUAUAGCCUAUUCAAGAUUGUAGAGCGAUCUUUAAAUAUUUCUCAGUCACUUGAAAUUAUGGAAAUUACUUAGCGUUACUAGAGAUACUCCAAGCAUCAAGUACUUAUUAACAAUCUCAGUACCUUAUCUGAAGGUAUCAAGUAAUGCAGUAAUUAUAAUAAUUACAACACUCACUUUAGUUAAACAACUCUAACCCUAUCCACUAGUCUGUUAUGUUGCUGUCUGUUAUCAUGGCAGUGACAGAAAAUCCUGCAAGAAGCAGUAUGUUCAGCGUAUGAAUUUCAAUCGAUGGCUGGAAGUAAUCUAAUAUGCGAGUGCCCAUGAUAAAUGUCAUGACCAGUCAUGUAUCAUGUUUCAUGUACAUAAUUAAUGUUGAAAUGGACGAAUAAUCCAUUUUCAACAAUCAAAAUUAAUUUGAACAUGAAAUGUAACAUAGUCUUUAUGAAAUGAAGAAAUAGCACGAUGAAGCUGGAGCUAUCCUUUUGACUGAAUUACUCAUAUAUUUUAAAUAUAUGUUUAUUAUUAAGAACAGACUCUCAGUGUUCUCUAUGCUCUUCUGUAACUUAUUCUACUAAUAUAAGUGCAAAUACGUUAGUAGAACACUUCUUAUUUGAUUUAUACAGGUACAAGAAAAGCCCUGAAUAUUAUUUAUCUAAUUAUAGACUAGGUUAAAUGAAUGUUGUAUGUUAUUCUUAUCUGUGGGAGUCGUUGCAAUAGACUGAUGAUGUUCAUUAUUACUAUAGAUGUACUAGUUUCAUAUACAUCACUCGAUUGUGUGGAGACACUUGUAAUAAUCAUUUAGCGUCAUGUUGGAACAUUUUUUAUCUGUAAUCGUAAUUACUUGAGUAGAUAUGAAUUCAAAUGAUGAACACUUUGAGUAUUAAAGCUUUUGACGUAGUUUUGAUGAACGUAAGCUGGGUGUGAGAAUGGUUUUUAUCAUCAGUUAUUCUAUUUUUAAAGCCAUCCCUAUGUCAUCAAUUUUAUAUGAUUUCAUUAAAAUCACUACAAUUUAACAGAAUGCAAUAACCUAAUAAACCAAUGAUUGAUUAUAUUCAUACUUACCAAGAGUUUUAGUUUAAAAAUGUUAUUGAGUUGACAAAAAAUGUCUUUUCGACUUCAUGCCAAUUUGUUUCAAACUUGGUCCCUGGCAAUUUUCUCAAAUAUUAAUCUAAUUUUCUUCCAGACUUGACUAUAGGUUGUAAUUCACAUUGAAAAUGAUUUUCUUUAUAUUCUUGAUCAGUAAUAAUUCAUUGUUGAUAAAUAUAUGUUCUAUUAACGUGACUACUAAUCUGACUACAAGAUAUUGAUUCAUCCCAAUUAGUUUGAUGAAUCGAUGGUUUAAGUAGCUAUACAUUUUUCUAGAGCUUUUUAAUGAGAGGAAACUCUAGAGAUUCUAUCACAUUAGAUUACUUUUCAAAAUGUUAAAUUCGUAACUAACUCCCGAUUGCACGUAUGUCUAUUAAAUUUAACCACCGUCAAAUGAAGUUAUCGCAUUGCCGUCAAAUUUGUUCAUUGGUUGUUCUGGCAUUGCUUCCAUUACUUAACGGCGGUUUAAUUUAGUUGGCUACUAAAAGGUUCAAUUUAGUUGGGUACUAAAAAAUGUGAAAAGUGUGCUCGUCUCCGCAUUUAAUCUAAUUUUCAAACUAAAUUCAAGCUGAUUUGAUUUAUCUUAUCUAUUAGAUAGAGAUUUAUAUUUUAAUUUAGGUAAGAUAUUUUUUGCAAUUUGUGAAGGAUCUAGAUAGAAUACUAUAAGUAUUGUAAAUAAGUUCAUCUAUUAAUAUAUAAUUGUUUAGUAAUUUUUCAUUGCAAAUUUCGUAGUAUUGGAAAUACUAGGUACUUUCAUCGUAACUAAAUUUUAUAAUUCAGUUGGUCAUUUUCAAAAAAUGAUAGCACAAAGUGCGUUUUCGUUAAUUUUGGCACUCUGAACCGAUCAAAAGACGGUUGCAAAAUUUUAUUCGCUAAGGGUUCAUAAAAUUACACAAUGCUUUCAAACGAUUUUCUAUUAGUAAUUAAAUUAGUGGAUUUAGAAUAGCUUUAUGUUAAUCUAUAUUGUUUGUUGAUAGUCUGAUGCGUUGAUUUUUAAAUAUUAUUUAAAUUUUAUUUUAGUUUCACCAUGAAACAAUACAGAUUUUUAUUUUAUUCCAUUCGAUUUCCUCUUACAAGUAUCAAUUAUAUUGUUGAGUUGAAUUAAAUGCUUUAUGUCGUAAUAUGUUGUUGAUAUCCUUAUAUUUGCAAUUUCAUGUUAAACUUGUCUAUUUGUACUCGACUGUGUAGAACUUAUAUAAUAAAACUAAUUAAAAUCA